AUGUCCCAGGCCGCAUCGGCCCUGUGUCCACCGCUGUCUCAGCGCGCUCGACCGGCACAAGCCGUGGUUGGUAUGGCACUUUCCGAUAGGGACGCCGAGAAUGCGACUCGUGAAAUCGACGGGGCGGCGCCGGGCAUGCGACUUCCCGUGAUGCAGACGCAGGCGGACGCCAAUGAAGAAGGUGUUGUGCAAGCCGGUUCCAACACCUGGGGCGACGACGAUAACUCUUUUUCGGGCAAGGGGGAGAGCGGGUGA